CCAUUGCCGUCGUUCAUUGCAUUUGGGUUGACACAAUCAAGAGGAAUUGACCAUGCAAUGAAAUUAGUGUCAGACGGCUCAACAUGAUGGCAACCGCAAUUGAAACCACAUUUAUCACUCGCCAGGUGGCGCCCACAUCAGUUGCAUUAGCAGCUAAAUUGUCGCUGACAAACCGAGUGAACCCACCGGCAGCAACACAAACAUUUAACACAACAACAACAACAACAGCAGCAGCAGCAGCAGCACUGACUUUAACAGAAGCACCGGAGAGACCACAAAGUUUGUGUUCAAGAACCACAUCAGCAACAACAACCAAAACAAAAACAACAAAGCAUUGUCUUUUCAAGCAUACACCAUCCUUAGCCACGUCCGGCCCUAGCACUGGCCGCCAUAUGCGGCAAAUACUCAAUGCACAUCUGGUUAUUACAGCAACAACACUGCAGCAAUGUGCGGCAGUACGAUGGCAACUGUUGGUUGUCUUCCUUAUCUGCAACUGCAUUGAUAUUUCCAUUUCCAACCAAAUCUCGACAGUGGGCGCAUUCGAGCCGGAUUUCGUCUUUCCGCUGGAGAAUGUCACCGUGGCGCAGGGACGCGAUGCGACCUUCACGUGCGUGGUCAAUAAUCUCGGCGGUCACAGGGUCGCUUGGAUUAAGGCCGAUGCGAAGGCGAUUCUGGCCAUACACGAACAUGUGAUAACAAACAAUGAUCGAUUGUCAGUCACACAUAAUGACUUCAAUACGUGGACGUUGGUCAUACGGAAUGUGAAAAUGGAGGAUGCCGGCAAGUACAUGUGUCAAGUGAAUACGGAUCCCAUGAAAAUGCAAACAGCCACACUGGAAGUGGUUAUACCACCAGAUAUAGUCAACGAGGAAACAUCUGGCGACAUGAUGGUGCCAGAAGGUGGCUCAGCGAAGUUGGUGUGUCGCGCGCGAGGGCAUCCGAAACCAAAAAUUACCUGGCGACGCGAGGACGGACGUGAAAUUAUCGCGCGUAAUGGUGCUCAUCAAAAAACCAAAGCUUUGGCAGUCGAAGGUGAAAUGCUAACACUGUCCAAAGUGACACGCAGCGAAAUGGGCGCUUACAUGUGCAUCGCCUCGAAUGGUGUACCGCCGUCGGUGAGCAAACGCAUGAAGCUGCAAGUGCAUUUUCAUCCGUUGGUUCAAGUUCCAAAUCAAUUGGUUGGUGCGCCCGUUUUAACCGAUGUCACAUUGGUGUGCAAUGUGGAAGCAUCACCGAAAGCCAUCAACUAUUGGCAACGUGAAAAUGGUGAAAUGAUUAUCGCCGGCGAUCGGUAUAUGCUCACUGAGAAGGAAAACAAUAUGUACGCAAUAGAGAUGAUUUUGCAUAUAAGACGCUUGCAAACUAGUGAUUUCGGUGGCUAUAAAUGCAUAUCAAAGAACAGUAUUGGCGAUACGGAGGGCACGAUACGACUGUAUGAAAUGGAAAGGCCAGGAAAGAAAAAUCAGCGGGAGGAUGAUAAUGAAGUCACGAAAAAUGAAGCUACACUCAAAGAUAGUCGCCACGAAGAUGGUUCGCGCAAUCAAAAUGGACGUCUCUAUAAGGAGCGGGGCAGCGAUGCGGACCAGCAAAACGGUAGUCAAUCGCUUAGUCGGCGACAGAAUACAAUGUUUAUGCUGGCGUUGGUGCUGCUGCUGUCACUUGCAACGACUGCAGCCACAACAACAACCACGACAACAAUACGAACUGCCGCAGUUACAACGGUAAGAAGACGUAAUUUAGGUAAUUUAUAGCUUCCACAUGCGCAUGCGCAUACGUACUGCUAUAAUCAAAAUAAAUGCAAAGAAAGGAAAUUAAGUAAAUAAUGAAGACAUACAAAUAUAUCUAGUAUGUAGUAAAAGAAAAUUAAUUAGCGCGAGUCAAUAAA